AUGAAUGAGAAAAGUCUGCCUGAUGGUUGUCUGGUCAUCUGCAAGGAUUUUGCAGCCAAACACCUUCCGCGCCAAGACCAGACAAUAAAACCCUGUUAUCCUCAGAACAACAAAACAUGGGACACCAAUUUGGCGGUUAUCACUGAUGGUGCAUGCACCCGUUCAUGCAUCCUUGCUGCUGGUUGGCUGGACUUUGUACGCGACAACAACUUGCGGGAAGGUGAUAUCUGCGCAUUCGAAGUGUCAAAGGACCAUGAUAGAGUGAUAAUAACAGUCCACCUCUUAAAGAAUGUUGUCGUAACAGGACAUACCAAACCAACCAGCCAGCAGCAGAAGAAAUGGUCUCACCCAGGCUAUGUGGUUACAAAAUACACCAAACUGACUUGCAAGCAGAAGAGAAAAAUCGAAGAGAGGAUCCAGGCUAUUAAACCUGAAAUCAGAAUAUUCGUAUCCAUCAUCUAUAGCAGCCGUGCCAAGCUGUCCAUAGAAGUGCGAUAUGCUACCGCUCAUCUUCCACGCGAGGAGCAGUGGGUGAGGCUUCAACUGCCUGGGAAGAACCACACUUGGAAAGCCAAGCUCUAUAUCGGCGACAAGGACAAAGGCAAAUGUUAUGCGCUACAAACAGGCUGGAAGAAGUUUGUAGAUGACAACAAACUGCAGGAUGACGACAUGUGCCUGUUUGAGCUACUCAAGAACGAGGAGCUCACCAUGAACGUCCACAUCAUUCGCAGAGAUUGAGAGAAGCGUAGCUGGCCAAUGUCGCCUGCCAUGGUGGUGGUGGCGCCACUCUUGUAGUUGGUGCAUUUUGUAUCAGAAAUGCACAAACUUUGGGUUCCCCCAUCUCCC